AUGCUUCAACGGUCGCUUGGUGCCGAGACCGAUUCGAAGGUUUAUGAGAAGAACCUCCACGACACCAUGGCAGAGUUCCCCGAGCUUAGGAAGCAGCGCAAGAUCGAUUACUAUCGGGUAUUCAAGCUCAUGGACGAGAAGGACAACGCUAGGGAGCGCCGCAGGAAGGUUUUCGAGUAUUUCAACGGCGCUAUUUCCAGACAAAACAACUUCCAGACGGGAGAAAUCUACGAGGUCUCCCGAGAGCUGCUGAUGCUAGUAGACGAGUUUCGGGAGUUGCUGGAUCGGCUGUUCUCGUGGUGUGAUUUGUGUUUGCCGGGGAACGAUCAGGCGUUUGCGGAGUCGCACCGCCAGAAGAUUCAGAAGUUUCAGGUCCAGAUCGUCCAAGAGAUGAAGCGAUCGAACAGCGCUCGCUCUCAGGAGGUGGACGGGGGCAACCUAGAAGCGUGGGAAAAGGCUCACCACGACUUGCUUACGUCGCAGGAGGCGAACGCCUACUUGCAAAUGGGACGGAGUUGGGAGCAGAUCUUGGAGUCCCUGUUGCUCCUGUACAACUAUUGGAAGGUGAAUCUGAAGGACGACAACAUCGUAUUCGGGGACGCGGGGAAGUCCACCGGCAACGAUUACUUCGCUUGACUUGAAUGAGGAUUAUCAGCCAUUUUGGUGCUUGUUCGCGGCAACGCGUCCCGGAUGCAUGUCAAGGCGAAUCAAGCGGGAUCAGUCAUCCGCGCCGGAAUGUAGCACAGGGAGUAAACCUGUUGCUCGGAGGACGGAGGCGUCACAACUGCAGGCUUGGCGUAGGACGGCCUUGUACUCUGCUACAUUGUCCCUCGGUAUUGUAGACACACCGUGUUUCGUUGUUCUGUUGUCGUGGGGUUCUUCGGUGUAAGUAAACGUGUGAUACAUCCAUCCGUGUCCUGGUGUAACAUUUCUUGAGAGCACAGCUGCAGCUGAAAGAGGAGAGCAGCAAAGGUGCCACUUUAUGAAUGGGUCGGAAAACGGUUGUCUCUAGCAGCCGGCCGGCCGUGUUGUGGCGGUUGGUAUUUAUAUGAAAGGUCUUUGUGCCUCUCUUAUGCAUAUUUGCAUCGCGUCUAUGCUCAGCUUCGGCAUUAUUAUUAAAGGUUUUGCGAAGCGUUUUGUUUCCAACGACGCGGGGAUAUUGUGCGCCGUCUCUAGAAUCUAGCAAGCUACAGAGCCUUUGCCGCUGAGCAGGAGCGACAGGUUGUAUUGGGGAUGACUUUCGUGGAAAUCAUGUCCUAUGUUGCAACGAGCGGUUACGCGGUAGCUUUUUUGUUUAGCGAUUUCUCCACGUCAAUACCCUCCUCGUAUCCUGGCUAGUGCGGAACCGGAAUCGGUGUGUGUGUACUGUAGUUCGACUCCGGGUGUGGCUCUUACGACACCAGGAUGGUCCGCUGUAAGGCAUGCCUUGGGAGUACUUCCCAGUAGAUGAUGUCGCGUUUGUGUGCCAGUGCACACUGCACCGACAGACGGGGACAGAUGUUGAGCACUCAUGCCUCGAAGACAAACAAGUGUGCGUGUGUGUUGGUGUUGAUGCAUUGUUACAAGCAACGGCUGGAGCAUGUUCUGCUAUAGACCUCUCGCCUCUAUGUCAGACUCCAGUUGUGUGUUUUUCGAUUACGGGUUAGUGUAGUAUCUGUUCUCUGCAUGAAAUAGGCCCCAGCAGUUACUGACUCACACGCUUGAUGAGGUACUAUGUCACUGUUUGUGUGCAUCUUGUGCUUUCUGAAUGAUCUCGGGCGGGGUCAACAGUUGUCUUAAAUCAUACUGUAGGGGCUCUGGAAUUGUCGAGAGAGCGCAUUUGAAAAAAGUCCGUGGCUUUUGCUCUACUCGUGUGGGAUACCACAACGGUUUUGUCGCUUUACGUUCUGACGGACGAAUCGCACCCGACUUUUAAAGUUGAAUUUUUUUCAGUUUUUUUUUGCGUAACAUGGCUUUUCCCGUUUUUUGCUGUGACGCCGAAGAUUUUUGUUUCGUUUUCAAAGUCGUUUGGUUGGAUUGAAGUGAAGCGGGUUGGUGUACUUGCGAUGGACAGUGUGCCCUACAUGAAAUCUCGACAGAGAAACGGGGUUCGGUUUCGGAGCGAACACCAAGCGAGGCGUUUGCCCCUCUGAUAAGAUGUUAAUGACGCUACGGGUACACGACGAUCCGGACCUACGACUGCGGCCCCGCCCUCGGCGGCAGUCGGGCAACGGAAGUGCUAACAG